UCUCAGUUGCGUUUGAGCUGCGAGCGUGGUUUGUCGCUUGUCGUGAUCUCCGCUCUCUGCCCAUUCGAGAAUCCGCUGCAGGUUCGAUUCCGCGACGACGUCUUUGUGUUCGGAGUGUGUGACCGCGGUGCCUUGUUUAUGUUAAUCCGAUAUUUAUAUGUAUAUACUGGCAAAAUAGUGCAGAAGUGGCAAUAAAUUCGGCCAAUUAAUCGGAGCUCGGUUUUAGAAGCGUGAGACCCGCGAGCUGAAGGCAGUGGAAAAAUGAGUGUGCAGCAUAAGUGAUCGCUGGAAGUGGAAGCUAAAGGGUCAAACCGGUUUUCGGACAACAUGGAGUUGCCACCAGCAGCAGCAGCAGCAACAACAACAAAUGCGUCGGCAUCCUUGCAACGUGUCGCCUCGGAAUCCAGUCUUGGUCGGGAGCGGGAUCGGGAGCAAGCAGCUGCUCCACCUGGCCAACUGAUGGGUCAUCACUAUCAUUACAUCCAAUAUCCGGCGCAUUUCCAGCCGCAACAACUUCAGGAGCAGCCACCCCAGCCCCAACUGCCCUGCCAGUGUCCCUGCUCCUGCGGCCGUGCACCUCCACCGCCCAUGCAGCCCACUAAUCCCGGCCAGAAUGCUUCAAUGGCCGUGGCUGUGCUGGUCCACCAACAGACGCCCAGUCAGCAGGAGCCGGCAAGGAGUUCGCCGCUCAAAGCACAGUCCGCUCAGUCCCUGCUCAAUCACUCUUAUCAGGCGCUGCACGAGGACCAGCAUCAGCAGCAGGAGCAACUCCAGCUGGACUCCUCAGCCGGAGCCGGCAGUUGCGACUGCGAUCUGGAGUGCACCUGCCCCGCCACUGGAGGAAACUCCUCCCUGGCCCAGCACAAGAGGAGCCUGCUGGCGGACGCCAUGCUGGGAGCAGACGAGAUUACGGUCAGCGAGUCCGACAACAACAGCACUAUGAUUAAAAAGAAGAAGCCCCGAUCCGGCGGAGGAGCAGGACAACUACCGCCGAAGACACAGCCCACGAGCGACAGCUGCAAUGACAUCUACCAUGAUACGGAGCUGGACGGAGCAGCAGGAGCUGGGACAGUUGGAUCUCCUGGCUCCGGGAUCAAGUCACAGAUUCUGGACGAUAAUCAUCGCCCUCCUCUGCCGCCACGCCCACCGCCCAGACCCAGGAGUAAUGCCAAUGGCUCCAUAGUAACUGAAUAUAAGGAUAUGAAAGAGUAUGCCAAAUUCGCUCCUGGUAUUUCCACUGAUUUGCCAUCAGUGCUGUUGGUUUGCUUCCUUCUCAUCGCAACGCAAUGAAUCACCCUUCCGCAUGGUCACAGAUUUCGUGUCACUGAUUUGCCACCCGUUGCGAGCGCAGCUUCCGCCUGGUGGCGGCUUCCUCAUCCGCUAGUUCUGCGCCUGCGCCGGAGGACGCUGCGCUCUCAGUGCUCUCCAGUUCUGCUGGAGCUGGUGCAAAAUAUUUGCUCGGGGGGUUGGAGCUGUGCUAGUGUCAGUCAGGAUUUCAGUUGACACCGUUCCUGUAAUUGCAACGCACACUGUGGCGCCACCUCCCAGCUUCUGCUCUCCAGUAUCCAGUAUCCACUAACCAGCACCAGCACCAGCACCCGUCCACGUCCAAGUGCCCCACUCCAGUCGUCUAAGUCCGCGCAGCUGCCUGCGGAGUCACCUCAUCCCACAGUCGCAUCUCAGCCAGCUUCCACGGCUGUGUAGAUAUUUUUCUGUUUCACUGCGGAGAAAAAAGAAGAAAGAGUGAAAAGCGAGGAAAACGUGUUCCGGAAUUUCCCAGCUAUUCGGCGGCUCCUGGCCAGAAUGUGCUCUUAGAUUGCUGUUCAGCCAAUUGGUGGCCACCUUCAAGUGCCCGAGCGAACCAAAACUAUCCGCAUAUCCAGUCACCAUGCACGGCUAUCCGGUGAUGCAGUUCGUGCAGUACAGCAUGCCCCCGCCCUGCUCCUGGGUGCCAGGUCCUCCGCCCUCCUCGGGGAACGUGGAUGCCCAUCAUCGCGGCUCUGCCCAUCGCCAUGGCGCGGGGAUCAAGAAGUACGUGGUCUGGUGCCUCAUCUGCGGUGGAUUCAGCUGCUUGCUGGGCGUGCUCUUCUUGGGCGUCUACUUCCUGCUCCAUUCGUACACCAUCACGGUGGGCAACUUCGAAACGGUGCCCACCUUUGUGCCCGCCACCCUGCUCAUCCUCACAGGAAUCUGCAUCAUGAGCCUGGCCAGGCGUCGGAAUCGCUAUAGCUACCUGAUAAAGCUGUCCGGAGCCUGUGGCCUGGUGUCCGCCUUAACCUGUGCUCUGGUCACAGUGACCACCACUGUGCUCCACAUGAGUCGCCUGCAGGCCUUGAGGGAAUGCGAGUAUGCUCAAAAGACGCGCACGUGCACCUGCUACUCGGACCUCAUCGAAUCCCAGGUGGACCGAGUGGAUAAGGGAGUGCGCCUUGUGUUCGACUCCCUCUCGGACUGCGGCGUUGUCCAUGGAUCCCUCUAUUCCUGCCUGAGAGCUAUCUUCGGCCUGUCCGUGGCCGGAGUGCUCAUCGCCGUCUUCAGCUGCAUGUUGGUGUACCAGCUACUCAGUCACGAACGCAAGAAGAUGUACUGGGAGCAGCUGGAGCUGCGAUGCAGAUCCCUGUACGCCAGCCAGGCUCCUCCUCCGGCCUUGGGUCCAGGCAGGAUGUUAAACUGCAGGUGCUGCGAGCAGUGCCACGCCCACAGGCAGUUGACACUGCCUUUGCAGGCCACCGCUUAUCCGUGGGACGAGGCCACGGUGGCCGCUGCAGCAGCAGCCGCAGGAGGAGGAGGCGGAGAGCAGCGGUUCUGGGCCGCCCAGCCGCCGGGUAACUUCUACUCGCCGAAUCCAGGCGGCGAUGAUCCGGUGGGCACUUGCAGGAGUGGAGAACGGGCAGGAGGAGCAGGACGCAGUAGCAGCGGAUGGAGCUGGCCUCGGAUGCCCUGGCAACGUACCACUCCUGACGCCGGUCGUCGAUUUCGCCAAGCUGCUGCCAGUCCGGAUUCACAGUACGGAUUUAGUUCGUCCACGGCGGUCCAGGGAGAUGGUAACCAGAUGCUGAUCGAGGAACCCGUGGUGGCGGCCUACAGUGGAAUGCCCCCGCCAAAUGCCCUGCCCUACGGAGUUUGGGGACCGCCGCCACCCUACAGCGAUCCCAACAGUCCGGCCAGACGUGGCUACUACCAGUAUCUGCAGCCCACUGCGUGUCUGGUUGGGAAUCAGGGCACUGUCGCCGUCACUCUGACCCAGGAGCAAAUGCAUCCGACCCUGCAACAUACGCAUCCCCAACAGCAGCAGCAAUUGCAGCAGAUGCAGCUGCAGCGGCUCCAGGUCCAGUCCGCCACCUUGGAGCGGAUGGAUGGGCUCAGCAGUGCCGGUAACGUGAGUACCCUAGUGGCUGCCACUCGCUCCUCCGCCUACAAAUCAAAGGCCGAGUACGAGAACACGCCGUCUGACAGUGAUGGUGGCAAUCCCCGGGAGAGGGAACGCUGCUCCAACACGCUGCCCACGCGAAAGCUGAAGAAGCGCUUGGAGGCGGGCACCGGGGCCAAGAGCAUCGGUCCGCAGAGUAAUCCUGGCCAGCAGCGACCCAAUGUCCAGCAGUUGUUCGCCAAGCAGGACCAACAGCAGCCCACCGGCCAGGCUAAUCCCCAGCAGGCUCAGCCCCAGACGGCCGGGGUGGAGAACAGUGGCUACCAGGACUCGAACGGAGCCAUAGCCAAGGACCAGGCGGUGGGAACGGAUCCGGCCGAGUCCGAGGUGUACUUCGCCGACGUGAGUAGUUGCUGCAACAUGUCUGUGAAGAAUGACAGCUACUAUGACAACGCCCAGCGCCACCAGGGGCACCACCAUCAUCACCAGCAUCAGCACAGUAAUUGCAGCCACAGCAGCGGGCAGAGCAACGCCAACGAGGACUACCUGGCCCAGCGCUUCGGUCGCGGCAGGGAGCACUCCGUUCGGAGUCGUCUGCCCAUUCCGCAAACGAGGCGAGAGGACGACUACGAGAGCUCCAACCUGAACAUGCCCACGCUGAAGGAGCAGCAGCAGCAGGCGCAACAGCUGCAGAAGGAGAUCUCCCGCCAGAGCAUGUGCUCCGUGGAGUCGGAGGCCAAGACCGAGUUCACCGACCUCUCGCCCUCCACGCCCUGCGGUGGCAAUCUGCCGUUGCCGCCGCCAGCGAAUUUCGCCAGUGAUCCGCCGACGGGUCAACAGUCGCCCAGCUUCGUGGCCUCGUUCCCCUACUCCUCGGAGUCGCAGUGCCUGGAGGCGCAUCGUCGCUCCACAAAGAACAUCCACGAGCUGAUGAUCUCCGGGGUGGGGGGAUCCUCGACCGGCGGCGGCGACUCCCACUACGAGGUUAUCAACGACCGGGGCAAUCCCUACCAGCUGCAGCGAUCGCAGCAGGCCAAGCACAAGGCCAAGUCCAAGACGCGGUCGCGGGAGCAGUUGGACAUCUACGGCAGCGGAGCUGAGCGAUCCGACUGGUCCUCGGAUGGGGGUCGCUUGUGAGACCCCGAUGACCAGGAGGUAUUCGUCUAGCAGCGGUUUCACCCCCCUCGUAUUCUCUAAGGAUAUUCUCUGUGGAUCUGCUCGGGGAGCAGCGGUGGGACUCUCCACAUCCGACUUCUUCUAUAUCAUACGAACAAGCAUCAUUCGUACAUCCAGGACAGCGCUGGACACCUCCCAUCACUGCCUGUAGAACCACCUUUGGUUUAGAAUCGUCGCACUUGUAAUGUUUGCCAUCCAAGAACGGAACUCUAUUCUAUUAUAUGUAUGUCCUAUCUCCCCAACUAUCGAAAGUCCUCGGGGCUGCAAACCUUGCUUUAACUACUUUACGCGUAUCCUUUGCAUAGUUUACCUAGUACAUAUAUUACUUAUCACAUAUGGUAGCAUUGAAUUGAAUGUUGACAACUUGUAGCAAUGAUAAUCUAUGGAUAUUAUAUACAAAUUAUGUUAUAUUUACCUGCGUAUUUACAUAGUUGCGUAUACACACACCCAUAUACACAUACAAAUAUAUGACUAGUUAGUUAAAUGUUAGAGCGCCAGUUAAAUUUAUUAAAGAGUACACCAAGUAUAACCAAAAUAUUUUAAC